CGGGCUCUGCAGGAGAGUUCCGGUCAGUGGGCAGAUACUUUGAUUCUGGAGGAAGGGAGACCAGAGAAAAUCCCGGUGGGAAGAGUGGGCCUGGCAGAUCGGCCCGAGAGGCAAGGCCAGACUCUGUCCGAGGGAGGUCCCUCUGGGGAGGGCUAUCCCAGGGGUAGCUCUCGCCCUCAGACCAGAGGACACCCUCAGCCUUUGUUUUUCUUGCCUCUAAUGGUCCCCAGUCGUAGUGUAACCCCGCCUCCUUUCUCCUCUUCCUCUUUUCACUCUCCCCUAUCGCUCCCCACCCUUUCCUGUCCUAGUCUCUGAGGGACUGCCAGGCCCUGUUUUGAACUAAGGGAGAGAAUGAGGGGCCCAAGUGUGAUUUGAGAAUGAAAAACAGGCUAUGUGAAGGCAUAGGUCCAACCCAGGAAAUGCUCUCAUGAAAAACGCAAGAAGGGACCUCAGAAGUCGGCUAGUCCAGCUCCUCCAUUUUACAAAUGAAGAAACUGAGGCCUCCGGGGAAUAAAACCCUUGCCCACAGCCUCGGAGCCAGGCUUCUACACUGUGCCAAGUUCGUCCUUCUGGCUUCCAAAUGUCCCUCCAAGAUGGCAUCUGGCCGGGCUAGAUAUACACGAAAACUUCGGAACUGGAUUGUGGAGCAGGUGGAAAGUGGGAAGUUCUCAGGAGUCUGCUGGGAAGAUGCAAACAAGACCAUGUUCCGCAUCCCCUGGAAGCACGCAGGCAAGCAGGAUUUCAGAGAAGAACAAGAUGCUGCUCUCUUCAAGGCAUGGGCAAUAUUCAAAGGGAAAUAUCGAGAAGGAGACCAAGCAGACCCUGCAGCUUGGAAGACCCGCCUUCGAUGUGCCCUCAACAAGAGCCCUGAGUUCGAGGAGGUCCCAGAGCAAGGCCACAUGGAGGGGUCUGAGCCCUACAAGGUGUACCGGCUCCUGCCUCCUGGCACUCUUCCUGGUGACUACUGCCCUCCAUGCUCCCUACCUCCCAUUCUUGGAAGCAAUAUAAGAGAUCCAUCCUUAACCCCCUCUCCAGGUCCUGACUCUUUCGGGGCUUCCACAGCCCCACAAAGGACCCAGAAACUUCAGCGAAAGAGAAACCACAGUUUAUUGUCCUCGGAGGAAGAUGAUGUAGAGAAUAAACGGAGUUGUAUUCUUAUCGAGCCCUCUUUGAAGAACUCCCCUGGAAUCAUGGUACCAAGUGAGGGACCCAGCAGCAGCUUUCAGCACAUGGACGAUUCUGGUAUUGGGAGCAACAGCAGCAGUCCUGAAUCCUGUGAAGAUGAUCCAGAAAUUCUCCAGUUUCUUCCCCUUUCAGAUGCAGAUUACUCCCUUUUGCUCACCUUCCACUACAGUGGGCAUUUGGUCGGAAAGACUGAGGUGAAUAGCCCUGACUUCCGACUCGUAGCCAAAUCUUCAGGAUCCCAGAGUACUAUGGAGCAGGUGGUGCUCCCUUCUGCCAGUGUACUGUCUGAAUCAACCCUCCAGGUGUCCACAGAGCACCUCCUGAACCUCUUUGAUCGUGGCAUCUUAGUAGCUAGCAAUGCCCGUGGUCUCUUCGUGCAGCGCCUCUGUACUAUCCCCAUUUCCUGGACUGGGCCCUGCACUCCAUCUGGGCCUGGACCCCAUCUGCUACAGGACAAAAUAUGCGUAGAAGUCUUUAAUCCUGCCAAAUUCUUCCAAGACCUAUCUCGAUACCACAAGGGCCUGGCCCCACCCCCUGAGUUCCAGGUAACCCUGAAUUUUUUGGAUGAGCACUCUGGUUCUGGAUAUACUCAUAAGAAUCUCAUCACAGUCCAGAUGGAGCAGGCCUUUGUCCGAAACCUACAGAAAAUUGGACUUGUAUAAGGGGAAGUGUUCCAUUCCCUUGGCAUCUGUUACACCAGUCUUCGUCUUCCUUUCCUUUAACUUUUGAGGGGCAUGCUGUUCAUUGUAUGCCCUUCUAGUUUAUGUUGGUGCCUUCUGUGAGUUGUAUCACUAUGCUUGGGGGAAAUGCCUGAAAAAUUCAGGCACCUUCAAUUCCAAGCCCUAAAAAUAACUUUAGAUUCACUGUCUAAGUUUUUGAAUAAAGUUUUGUUGAAAAUGAAA